AUGGUCAAUUACCGUUUCAUCGCAUUCGCCGGCCUGGCUGCCGCUCUUCCACUUAACAUCAACUUGGGGGCGUACUCGCCCGCCUUGGUAGUCGGUGAUGGUGAAAUAAGCUUCGGAGGUAAACAGGACGUCUCAACACUGAUGAACGCACUUGAAGGCGCUGCGGUUAACGCUGCCGCAGGUGCUGCCACCAAAGCCGCUGUGGCUCCCGCUCCCGCGGCCGAUGAAAAGAAGACAGUUCAGGCUGCCGCCGUCCCUCCUCCUGCUGCUGCUGCUGCUGCUGCUCCCACCGUUGCGCCUUCUUCGCCGGUGAUCAUACCCACCACACCCGGAGGAGCUGGCAGCCCGGCGGCGGUCGACAACAGCAAUGCUCCCAAGAUUGACCCCACUCUUGCUCAACAAGCCCAGUCCAUCUCGGGCCUCCAAGGCAUGGGCAAGAAGUCGAUCGCCCCACGCACUGAAGAAGAGCCGUGCGACGAUCUGGACAUGGACAUGGAUGAUGAUACAGAAACAGAAACGGCACCUCUAGACAAGGCGAAGAGAGAUCUUUCCGGCUUUGAUAGGGCGCUCAAGUUCUCGGAGGCUGCCUUGACCAAGGGCCCCAAGGUCCAGCUGGGUACUGGUGGUGAGGGAUCGGGGGUGGGCAUUAUUGUGGAUAAUAAUGCUAGUACUGGUCGACCUGCUGCUGCUGCCGGGAAGAAGAAGCGCGACGCCGACGAACCUACCUCUACCGCCCCGAGACGCAGGACAAAGGUGACGACUAUGUAUGUCCGGAGGGGUAUUCCUGCUUCCCUCCAAAACAACCCCGAGCUCGCAGCCCGUGAGGUCGUUCACUCUCACAUCGCCAACGUACCCAUCAAGUUCGCCAAACGCGAUACCACCACCGCCACUGAAUCGAAGCGGGAUACUAUCGACGCUGUGAACUUGAACGUUGAUACUAGCAAUGAGGGUGUCACAAUGACUUUUGUUGAGACGGUUGAUGAUGAGGAGGUGGAGGAUGAGGAAUAG